GUGAAGCCAAAGCGGAAGUCGUUGUCAACCAUGUUUACGGAAGGCAGGUCAAUAACUCAUCCAUAGAUUUAACCUGCUCUGUAGUUCUGCUGCUAAAUUAACAUUUAAACGUGUUUUUUUAUUUUAGUUGUGUGUUUUAUUUUAGUCCCCUGUUGUAGAUAGUUACAUUGGUCAUCAUGUGGGACCAUGAGAUUAGAGCCAUGGCGUCCACUCACGCCAUCCUCGCCGCCUCGGUGUUCAUGGCCACCGUGCUACCUGCGGCGCUGGUGCCGGGCUUCUCGGUGUACGGGACUCACCUGCUGUGGCUCUACUCGGUGUCCGGGGCGGUCACCGCGGUCAGCGUGGCCGUCUUCUGGCUGCUCGGCAUCACACCCCCCACCAAGAAGCACACAGUGGGAUACAAGAUGUCUCGGCUGUUUCGUUCCUGUCUGUACUUCUUCCUGUCGUGCCUCUUCUUCCACUCUGUGGUCGUUCUCUAUGGAGCUCCACUGAUUGAGUCCGCCUUGGAGACAUUCUCCCUGGCUGUGCUGCUGACGUCUCUCACCACACUGAGGUGUCUCUGUGUCCUCGGCCCAAACGUCCAGGCAUGGAUACGAGUGUUUAGCCGGCAUGGAGCGAUGUCUGUGUGGGACACCUGUCUGCAGAUCACAGUGGCCUGCACAGUGGUGGGAGCCUGGGUGGGAGCCUUCCCCAUCCCUCUGGACUGGGACAGGCCGUGGCAGGUUUGGCCUGUUUCCUGCAGCCUCGGCGCUACGAUCGGCUUCCUCACCGGGCUCGUUGCUGCUCCCGCAUGGAUCCACUAUCAUCGCAAACAGCUCACAUACAAGUGCAAGUGAUGGACAGAUGCAUACGUUUCUGUGAAUGUGACCAAUGUGAGGGUGUUUCUUCUGCUGUACUCCUUUAACUUGAUUAUUUAUUGGGAACAUUUUGCUGCCUUUUGGAAAGAUGGUUUUGUAAUAACGAGACGGUAUGAGCAAUAUUAUUUUGUAUAUGCAUGAAGGCUGAAUAUGCUCCUGAACAUUUUUGACAUGAAUAAACCAUAACUUGUUUUUGAAUGAAGUGUUUAUUGAUUUCAUCUGAAAAUGAUCGAAUAAAGGGACGGACACACUAAACCUUAUGUUAACAAGAUAACUGAACAAUAUUUAUGACAAAGACUUCAGUGAAAUAGAAAAAGGGACAUGUAUUGCUCUUGGUAGGACGUUAACAUUAAUUGUAUUUGUGCCCAAUUUGUUUGAGCAAUAAAAUGAUCUGCGUCUGUUCCUGUAUUCAGAUAAAGAACGGAAUUAGUUGUGGUUUAUACUGGAAGUCACGCUUAAUCUAACUAAUGUUGAAGUUUCUGAAUAUUUAAACACAAUUUUUCUUAAUUCUAAUAUAUUUCCAAAUCAUCACUGGACUGUAAUUUUUCUAACCCUAACCUUGAAACCUAAUCAUUUCUUCUUAAUUAAUUCUAAUAUAUUCCUAAAUCCUGACUGGACUGUAAUUUCAAUAAUUUUAGUAUAUAUAAUAUAAAUAAUAUUCA